UGGAUCAAAGCGAAAAUUAGUUAAUAUGCACAAAAAAGUCGACAUCAUUCUUGAAAACAUUAUUCGUGAGCACGAAGAGGACCGACUAAGUCCAAAAAGAGGCCAGACCAGCGAUCAGUCGUCGGAGGAAGAUCUACUUGAUGUUUUCUUACGAUUAAAGGACAGCAGAGAACUCCAGGUUUCGAUCACUAGGGAAAACAUCAAAGCGAAUAUACUUGAAUUGUUUUCUGCUGGAAUUGAAACUUCAUCCAUGGCAAUUGAAUGGACAAUGGCAGCAAUGAUGAAGCACCCGAGAGUUAUGGAGAAGGCACAGGCAGAAGUAAGGAAAGCUUUUAAGGGAAAGAAGAAAAUCUCUGAUUGUGAUGUUCAAAGUUUGAGUUACCUAAAAAUGGUUACUAAAGAAACGUUGAGAUUAUACCCUCCUGGUCCUUUGUUAGGCCCCAGAAUAAGCAGGGAAAAAUGCACGAUUGGUGGAUAUGAUAUCCCGGCUAAUACAAUAGCUGUAAUAAAUGGUUGGGCAAUAGGAAGAGAUACAGAAUUUUGGGAUAAUCCUGAUGUUUACGAACCUGAGAGAUUUAGCAAUAUUUCGACCAGUUAUACAGGAGCUCACUUUGAGUUAAUACCAUUUGGCGCAGGGAGGAGGAUUUGUCCUGGAAUUUCACUUAGUAUUGCUGGUAUUGAGCUUUCUCUAGCUUAUCUCCUCUACCACUUCGACUGGAAACUUCCUGGCGAGAUUAGCCCUGAGGAAUUCGACAUGACUGAGAAAUUUGGUGCCGCUGCUGGUAGAAAACACAAUUUGUGCUUGAUUCCCACGUCUCAUGUUAUAGAUUGAGCUAAAUUUAUAAGUACAAAAGUAUAUUUUCUGCAAAUUACCUUAUGAAGUACAUUUUCAUGCUU